AUGGUCAAACCAAUUGUUCUCCAACUCGGCGACGACAUCCGCUGGAAUCACGACCUACUCAGCAAGUUUCAAGAUGUCUUCGAGAUCCGCCGGUCCUACAGCAUGUCUCGGCCGGAGUUUAUCCGAGCCCUGAAAGAGCGCAAAUUCGGUGACUUCUUCGCCAUCUACCGCCCAUUUUGGAAUACCGGAGGUGAGAUGGGAAACUGGGAUGAGGAACUUAUCUCUCUGCUCCCAGAUUCUUGCAAGAUCUAUGCCAGUGCUGGUGCCGGAUUUGAUUGGGUCAAUACUGCAGCUCUAGCGAAGAAGGGAGUUGUUUACUGCAAUGCUGCAGCAGCAUGCACAGAAUCAGUGGCCGAUGCCGCAAUCUGGCUUAUCAUCUCCACAUUCCGUCUCUUCUCCUGGUCACACAUUGCCGCACGCACACUGGAUGCCGAUGCAUUUGUCGAUGCAAACCGCAAUCUGGCAAUGGUCUCGCAUAAUCCCAAUGGCCACACACUUGGAAUCAUUGGAUUUGGACAAAUUGGACGGCGCACCGCCGAAAAGGCCUUCCUAGCCAUGAACAUGAAGAUUCAUUAUUAUGAUAUCGUUCAGAUGCCUGCACACCUCGAAGCUGUCUCAAAAGCCACAUAUCACAAGAGCAUGGACAGCCUGCUCGCCAUCUCAGACUGCGUCAUGGUUGCUACACCGUUUAGUGGAGAGACACUCCUCAACGCAUCUCUACUAGCGAAGAUGAAGACUGGAUCUCGCCUCAUCAACAUCGCUCGUGGAAAGUUGCUUGACGAGGGUGCCCUUAUUGAUGCACUUAAGAGCGGCAAGCUCGCUGCUGCUGGACUGGAUGUUCACUACGAUGAGCCGCACGUUAAUCCCGAGCUUGCAAGCAUGAAGAAUGUUGAGAUGAUGUCGCAUAAUGCUGGUGCUUCGGUGGACGCACACAUCGGGUUUGAGAGACUGGGUAUGGAGAACAUCCUUGCUUUCCAUCAGACUGGAAAGGCUGUCACUCCUGUUAAUGCCCAUCUGGUUGCUAAAGCCACUGGAUCUAAGCUUUAG